AUGUUCCUGAAGUUUUCCCUCCGAUCCGUUUUCUACGGAGCUGGAGGAGGAAAUGACAUUCAGUGGUGUUUUUCUCAGGUGAAAGGCGCUGUGGAUGACGAUGUAGCAGAAGCUGAUAUAAUUUCUACAGUAGAAUUUAACCAUUCUGGAGAGUUGUUAGCAACAGGAGACAAGGGAGGGAGAGUUGUCAUCUUCCAGCAGGAGCAGGAGAACAAAACCCAGUCCCACAGUAGAGGAGAAUACAAUGUUUACAGUACCUUUCAAAGCCAUGAACCAGAGUUUGACUACUUGAAAAGUUUAGAAAUUGAAGAGAAGAUCAACAAAAUUAGGUGGUUACCCCAGAAAAAUGCUGCUCAGUUUUUAUUGUCUACAAAUGAUAAAACAAUAAAACUAUGGAAAAUCAGUGAAAGGGACAAAAGACCAGAGGGUUACAAUUUAAAGGAGGAAGAUGGACGGUAUAGGGAUCCUACUACAGUUACAACACUACGGGUGCCAGUGUUCAGGCCCAUGGACCUCAUGGUUGAAGCUAGUCCACGAAGAAUAUUUGCCAAUGCUCACACGUAUCACAUCAAUUCCAUCUCCAUCAAUAGUGACUAUGAAACAUACCUGUCUGCAGAUGACCUGCGGAUCAACCUGUGGCACCUAGAAAUCACAGACAGGAGUUUUAAUAUUGUAGAUAUCAAACCUGCCAACAUGGAGGAGCUGACGGAGGUGAUCACAGCUGCAGAGUUCCACCCCAACAGCUGCAACACCUUCGUGUACAGCAGCAGUAAAGGAACCAUUCGCCUGUGCGACAUGAGAGCGUCGGCUCUGUGCGACAGACACUCGAAGUUGUUCGAAGAACCAGAAGACCCUAGCAACAGAUCAUUUUUCUCUGAAAUCAUCUCUUCCAUAUCUGAUGUCAAAUUUAGCCAUAGUGGUCGAUAUAUGAUGACUAGAGAUUAUCUGUCAGUGAAGAUCUGGGAUUUAAAUAUGGAAAAUAGACCUGUGGAAACAUACCAGGUGCACGAAUACCUCAGAAGUAAACUUUGCUCCCUCUAUGAGAACGAUUGCAUCUUUGACAAGUUUGAGUGCUGUUGGAACGGGUCAGACAGCAUCGUCAUGACAGGAUCCUACAACAACUUCUUCAGGAUGUUCGACAGGAACACCAAGAGGGACAUCACCCUGGAGGCGUCGCGGGAGAACAACAAGCCGCGCACGGUGCUGAAGCCGCGCAAGGUCUGCGCCAGCGGCAAGAGGAAGAAGGACGAGAUCAGCGUCGACAGCUUAGACUUCAACAAGAAGAUCCUGCACACGGCCUGGCACCCCAAGGAGAACAUCAUCGCUGUAGCCACCACCAACAACUUGUAUAUAUUUCAAGACAAGAUGAAUUAGG